AAUUUCGACGGUCAGUUUCUAGCCAAUCCUUGAAACUUUCGGUCGCAUUUGGUUUCUUUUCAGUUAUAGUAGUUGUUCAAUUUUCCGUAUUUGCGAGCAUAUCGAACUUUGGUAUUCUGUAGUCUAUAAAAAUGGCAAGUGUUGCGUCUGAUUCACCGGUCCGUCGUUUUGCUACCAAACAAAAGAAAGAAAAUUCGCCAGUUGAGCUGAACAGACUGAAAAGUUUGUUGAAAAAGAAGGUCGGGGAUGAUGGUGGCGGGAAUGGUAGCUUGGCAUCGCCCAAGAAAACUGCAACACCUAGGAAAGAAAUGAAAUUCAAGCGCGGCACGGUCGUGAAGUUGUGCUCUUCUUGUGCUAAUCACAAUAAGGAUCUCCAUGAAUUGAAAAAUGACGAAAUGAAGAAAAAACGUACUGUUAGCAAGAAGAACACCGAAAAUCAAAAACAAGAUCCAAAUCCCAUUACUGAUAACAAGAACGCUAUCAAGAAGCCUACGGCCAAAAAGCCUAGGGAAACAAAGAGGAAAGCCGGAGCACAAGGAGAAACACUUGAGAUGCCGUCAAUAAGCGGCACUGCAUCGAGCAUGACGGAAGAUGCCGUGAUUACCGACAGCGUUCACCAAACGGAAGGUGAAUCAAAACCAAAAAGUAAACGCAAAAAAGUAAACGCGUCUCCUCAAUUAGCAAAUUCUGUGGUUGAGAAGGAAAACAAAUCGAACAUUGAAGCUAAACACAAAGAUAUUAUCAAAGUGAAAGUAGCUCGACCAAGAAAAACAGUUAAAAUGUUGACAGCUAAUAAUGAAAAGGCUCAGUUAGAUAAUAUGGAUCCGACAGAUUCAGUUCAUUCCAUCCCUCAAAGUAAAGAAACCAUGCAAAGUUCACAGUUUGAACCGCAUCCCGCUUUAAACGAUUUGUUAACCAAUGAACAUGAGCCCUCAGUCCAUUCGCCAGAAUCGAAUAAAAAGAAGAAAAACAAGAAUUCCGCUAAGAGUAAAAUUCCUAGGCCAGUAAAGACAUCUAAAAAGAAUCCAAUGGAGAGGAAGAAGGCGUUGUUCAAAGAUACGGAUGUAACAGAUUUAGUCGAUUCUACUCAUCAAGAAGAAGCGAUCAUUGAAAAAAGAGAUGAUGCAAACACGACAGGUGAUGCAAAUGAUAAUUCCAUAGGUUUACAGUCAAGUAGUAUGUUCGAAAAUAAUUCAUCAGUAAACAUUCAAACGAGAAAAAAACUGAUUGAUUUCUGCAGUAACCUUGAAGCAGAUAAAGGAGAAGGAUUUCUAAUGAACUAUACGGUAAAAACUCAAGGAGAUAAACCCACAUCAACAAAAUCAAAAACAAAUAUUUUGAUUGAAGAGGAUUCUUCUAUAAAUCGUGACAUGAGUACUCACAAUAUAAGAAAUUACGAAGUACAAAAUCAUUCUGAUGACUUUAACCUCGACAUUAGUGAUAAUCCAAUACCAUUGCAAGUGAUCACAGAAGCAUCUACGGGUGAGAAGAUCAAUUUAAGCGCAUCAACAAACUUGUCGCGGGACGACGUAACUGUAGGAAUGUCAAUGAAUAUUUCCAAUGAGACAAUUAAUAAUACUGUUCACUCCAGCAUUCAUCAUGAUGCGACAUUUCUCAAAGAACAUCUCCCAAACGACACAUUUGAACAAAUAAAUAAAAAAAUUGCUAAUGUCACUCUACGGUCUGAAGCUGCUGAAAAAAAUAAAAAUAAUAUGAAUGCUGAUCAAAAUAUCAAUUCUGAUGGGAUUAUAUUUUUUAGUUAUAAAGAUUCGAAAGAUACUAUGACGGAUUCAACUUUUAUAGAAAAUGACGAAACAUUUUGUGAUGAAAACCAACAACCAUCUGUAGCUGGUGCUCAACAUUUGUUACCGGUAAAGCUAGAGCCUGUAAAUGAUGGUGACAGCAGCGAAAGGUUGCCAGAUCCACAAUCUCCAAUUCUUUCAGAUUUAUCCAAGAUUAGAAAUUUAACGAAAAAAUCUGAUAAGCUAGUAACGAAUCUGGUUCAACCAAAACCAAAGUCAAAAGGAUCCAAAGUUUUAGAAUCAACUUCAAAAAGCCCAAAGAGUUCAGAGUUGUCGAAGAAAAACGAAUCACCGAAAAAAGCAUGUAAGGAAAAGCUAGCGACAUUAUCGUCCCCGAAAACGAAGAAAAAAUCAAAGGAAGAUGAAACCCUAUGUGAAAAACAUAAAAGUGCAACAAAAUACAAUGAACAGCCGACACGCCAUCAUGAGAAAAAAAGAAUGAGCAAAGAAUUGAAAAACGACUUAAAAGUUGCUAAAGCGAUUGAAGGUAUGAGCCAUCAUUUUUCCAAAAUCAGCAUUGGGACUACGAUAGGAACAAUUAACUCAUUGCACAUUAGCAUUCCGUCGGAUUCCGAUAGCUCGUCCGAGUGUUCGACUGAUUGUUCUUGUAGCUAUGAGUUCAGCAGCGAAUCUAGUGGCGAUCAUUGCAAAUGCUGGAGGUGUCUUCAGGAACAAAAUGACUCCAGUGAUAGCUCAAGCGAUGAAUCAUCGUCGAACGAAUGUGAAUGUAGCUCAUCGUCAUUGAGUUCGUCUGAAGAAAUCCAUCGACCAAUCAAAAAGUCUACAACAAAAACAAAAGAGAAAAAGAUUGUCAAACCGACUUAUAAGGAGAAACUAAGCAGGUUCAUCUCGAAGUACGAUAUGAGAUCAAAUUCAAGCAAAUAUGAAUCGAGAUCGCACGAUCAUUAAAUUUGAACUUUAUUUUUACUAAUAUCUGGUUGAUUGAUUUGAAAGGUUAAUGUUAUAUUCAGUAAGAAGUUUUUAUUCUUUUUGUUAGCUGGCCUUUCAACAAGCUAAUAUGAAAAUUGGUUAUUGAAUUGUGAAUUAAUAGUAAGAAGAAUGUCCAUUUUAAAAAAAUAAUAUGAAUGUCUGCAGAGAUAAUUUGAAAUUAUUCGAUGAUUAAUGUAUAACAUGUUUAUAUCGUAAAUAUAGCUGUUUUGAAAUACGGAUUUAUAAAGUGGAGAUGUUUGUAAAAAACGAAUGUUACAGUUGAGUUGAUCUCAAAACUUACAGUUUUAAAUAUGUUCAUUGAUUCUUAGAACAUGAUUGUUUUUUUAAAUUUUUGUUUGUAAUUAUAUAUGUGUAAUGACAAUUAAAGUGAAUAUGUCAUACCUUACUGUUUAAUAACUAUUACGUUCCUCAGUUA